AUUACUAAUUGAAUUUGUUCCAACGAGGCUUUAAAAAGUAUGAUCGAAGACUGUUGAAUAGUAUUAGUUUGUUGUUAUUAAAAUGUUAAAACUAAUACUCAACUGUUUAUUAGUUUUGUUCGUCGCCUCAACUGCCAAUGGGGCCUUGGAAUUAGUGCAAGAUGAAGAGUUAAUGAAUCUAAUUAGAACUGAAAAAUAUGUAAUAGUUUUGUUUAGUGUUAACCACUGUGAAGAAUGCGACAAAUACGAAAAUGAGCUUGUCAGCCUUAGAGAAGAUCUAGUCGAGACGCUCAAUGCCUGGGUUGUAAAGGUUGUGAAUAGUCAAAUGACAAGGUUGUACAGUCCUGACAAGGAGCCAGUCUUAGUUUUCUUCCGGCACGGCGUUCCUCUCUUAUACGAUGGUCCUUUAAGCGACGAACUGAUCCUGCACACAUUCACCAACAACAAAAGUCCUUUGACUAAAGAACUCACAGAUGAUACAUUUGAACAUCUAACUCAAGCAGCAACUGGUGCUACUACAGGUGAUUGGUUUGUGCUGUUUUAUACUCCUGAUUGUGUGGACUGUCAACGUUUACAAGCCAGAUGGGAAGCAGUAGGAGCACACUUGAAGUCAAGGAUGAAUGUGGCUAGAGUUAAUAGAGCCACUACUGGAGCUGCUACUGCACGUAGAUUUGAGGUAUUCAAUGUGCCUGCCUUCUUGUUCUUCCGUCAGGGCAAACUAUACAGAUACCAGAUACAAAAAUAUGAUGUUGGUUCCUUUGUAUCAUUUGCCAAGGAGUUUUACAAGAAUGUAAAACCUGAAAGAGUGCCUUUACCAAAAACUCCAUUUGAUGAUCUUGUUUCCUUGAUAGCUGAUUACUUUAGGCAAAAUCCUUGGGUUUGGCAAGUAGGAUUUGGCACAUUUAUUUUUGGAUUGUUGAUGUCUGUUUUAUCACGACGGUUAAACAAACCCAAUGUUGGGGAAGCCAAGAAAGAAAAGGAAAAGGUGAAAACUAAAUAAAUUGUUAUCUCUAUUUUAUAUGAAUAUAUAUUUUUAAAAUGC